AUGGCACGACAAGCGUUAGGAAAGCGGAAGACACCGCAGGCUACGGCCCCUGUCGAGGACGAGCUGACAAAUGCAACGUUGGAUGGUAUCUUGUCUCAGAGCGAGGAUGAUUCCGACUACGAGGAGUCUUCCGGUGACGAGGUCGAGCUGGACGGCGAGUUGUCGGAAGACGAGGACAAUGAUGACGAGGAGGACAUCCUGAGCGACGAUAUUCCCUCCGACGCCGAGGACGACCUGUCCGCGAAACUCAAAUCAUCAAAGCUGAACAAGGACGCCGCCGGAGAGGACGACGACGAGCCCAACUACAGGGUCGUCAAGGACGCCAAUGGCAACGACCGCUACGAGUACGAUGAGAUUGACCCCGUCUACGACUCCGAUGACUCCGACGCGCAGGAGCAGACCAAUACCAUUGGCAACAUCCCUCUGUCCUUCUACGACUCCUACCCGCACAUCGGCUACGACAUCAAUGGCAAGAAGAUCAUGCGCCCGGCUACUGGUGAAGCGCUAGACGCUCUGCUCGAGACCAUUGAGAUCCCCAAGGGAUGGACUGGCUUGACGGACCCCGCGACUGGCAAGCCCCUCAACCUGAGCCAGGAUGAGCUUGAACUUCUGCGCCGCGUCCAGAUGAACGAGGUUCCCGAGGAGGGCUACGAUCCGUACCCCGAAAUGGUCCACUGGUUUACCGCCCACGAGGAGAAGAUGCCGCUUAGCGCCGCACCCGAACCGAAACGCCGCUUCAUCCCUUCCAAGCACGAAGCCAAGAGAGUCGCCAAGCUGGUCAGGGCUAUCAAGGAGGGACGCAUCCUGCCAUACAAGCCUGAGGAAGAGAGGGAGAAGGAGGAGGCCGAGAAGGAAGAGAACUACUACGACAUCUGGGCGAACGAGGAGGAGCGCCCACCACACAUCAUGAACAUCCCGGCACCAAAGCUCCCGCCGCCCGGCUACGACCUCAGUUACAACCCCCCUCCUGAGUACCUCCCGACCGAGGCCGAGAGGGAAGAGUGGGAGAAGGCCGAUCCCGAGGACAGAGAAAAGGAAUACCUCCCCGCCAAGUUUGAUUCGCUGCGCAAGGUUCCUGCCUACGGCGAAUUCGUCAAGGAGCGCUUCGAGCGCUGUCUCGACCUCUACCUCGCCCCCCGCGUGCGCAAGAACAGGCUCAACAUCGAUCCUGCAUCCCUCCUUCCCAAGCUCCCCCGUCCCGAGGAACUCAGACCUUUCCCCACGUCCAGUCAAACUGUCUUCCGGGGUCAUGAAGGCCGUGUGCGGUCGGCCGCCAUCAGCCCUGACGGAGAAUGGCUCGCAAGCGGUGGUGACGACGGUACCAUCCGCCUGUGGCACCUCCGUACCGGCCGCCAGGAGUGGUCCGCCAAGAUCAGCCUCGACGAGGCCGUCAACGUCGUCCGUUGGCGCCCGACCAAGGAGACCUUCAUCCUCGCCGCCGCCGCCGGAGAGGACAUCUUCUUUGCCGUGCCCCCUCGCGGCGCCGACGGCGUCGACAAGGCCAGCCGCGACAUCCUCGACGCUGGGUUUGGUUACGCCGCCCAGAACCCCCAGCCCACCGUCGCCGUCACCAAGGAGCAGCCCGGCAAGUGGGCUCGCCCCGGCUCCAAGCUCGAGGCCCUCGGUGUCCUGCUCAAGGCCACCGUCAGAUCGACGGUCAAGGUCAUCAACUGGCACCGACGUGGCGACUUCCUGAGCACCGUCUCCCCCACAGGCCAACGCAGCGCCGUUGCCAUCCACACCCUCUCGAAGCAUCUGACUCAGAUCCCCUUCAGGAAGCUCCCCGGCCUCGCCCAAACCGCCCAGUUCCACCCCUCGCGCCCCCUCUUCUUCGUCGCCACGCAGCGCAUGAUCCGCUGCUACGACCUCCAGCGACAGGAGCUCAUCAAGGUCAUCCAGCCCGGCGCCCGCUGGAUCUCCUCCUUCGACGUCCACUCCGGCGGCGACAACAUCAUCGUCGGCUCCUACGACCGCCGCCUCCUCUGGCACGACCUCGACCUCUCCAACCGCCCCUACAAGACCAUGCGCUUCCACGCCGAGGCCAUCCGCGCCGUCAAGUUCCACCGCGGCCUGCCCCUCUUCGCCGACGCCUCCGACGACGGCACCCUCCAGGUCUUCCACGGCAAGGUCGUCAGCGACCUCAUGGAGAACCCCACCAUCGUCCCCGUCAAGAUGCUCAAGGGCCACAAGGUCGUCAACAAGCUCGGCGUCCUCGACGUCGACUGGCACCCCUCGGAGCCCUGGUGCGUCAGCGCCGGCGCCGACGGCACCUGUAUCCUCUGGACCUAG